AUGUCUCAACAACAAUCAUCCAAUAACAAUUCAACAUUACGAGAAAUAGAAGAAUUCUUUCAAAAUGAAGGAAUGUAUCAAAUGAAUACGCCGCCGUCGCACCAACAAACCCAGGUUCAAGAUAAUAGUACGUCGGAAAAUGUUUCACUUGUAAGCGAAACACCUGGCCCCUUGAAUAUUGCUUUUAUCGAUGAUACUGCUGCUGCUGCUGCUGCUGCUGUUAUUGCCGUCGUCGCCACCGAACAACAACAACAACAACAACAACAACAACAACAACAACAACAACACGACCACGAAAUAGUCAAUUUAUGUACAACAACGAAACCAACUAUGUCAUCAACAGGUACAAUGCCAAGAACACCUGUAACAAUGGUAUCGACAGGCAUGAUGACCGACGCUUCAACGCAGACCGUUUCGAUAGGAACAAUGCCAGCAAGUCCUAUCGUCAUUGAUAUCGUUUCGCCUACAAUGGAAACUAUUGAUUUAGUUUCACCUAAAAUUCAAACUAUUGAUUUAUGUUCACCGAAUUCGCCAGCCAAUGAACAUGAUCAUUCUUCAGCUGCAACACCAAUUCUACCACCACAAUAA